AAUAAACAUUGAAUUUUGUGAUAUUGUUCAUUAUUUUCAUUUAUCAUGGCUUGCUGUGGUGGUGAUGCGGAGGAUGAAAAUCCGGAAGAAAUUGUAGAGAGGAAAUGCACUGAUGUGUUUUGGUUAAUUUUAUAUAUUUUGUUCUGGUUUCUAAUGGUUGUAAUAGCUGCAUUUUCUUUCGUUUACGGAAAUCCAUUAAGAAUCAUUAAUGGAUAUGACUCAUUUGGUAACACUUGUGGUACUAGUAAAAACAAAGUAAUGGGAACAAUGCCUCUCACUGGAAUGGACACUAGUGAUAAACCAUACUUAUUAUUUUAUGAUAUAAAACAUCUGAAACAAUCAUUGAAAAUAUGUGUGAAAGAAUGCCCUACAAGAACACUGAAUACAGUACAUGAUAUAAGUGCCUACCAGAGAGAAGGAGUAGGAGUUUGCAGAUAUGAUUUCAAUUAUAGAGAAUUGGCUACAAAUACAGCUAAUUCUCUCACUGGGUCAUUUGGGCCAUGCCCUAUACUUCCAGUUUAUGAAAGUUCACCAGUUUUAAAUCGCUGUGUUCCAAUCCAUGUUGCAGAAGCAACAGAAACAGUUUUGACCAAUUUUUAUGGGUUUCUGAACAGCUGGGACACAAUCCAACAAAUCUUAGGAGAUCUCUACAAAACCUGGAAAGAAAUCUUGGGACUAUCAUUUCUGUCUUUGAUUAUUUCUUUGCUCACCAUCUCCAUCUUACACUGUCUAGCUCACCUAGUAUCUUACUUUAUAAUGAUAGGAGUCUCAGUAGCUAGUAUAGGAGGCACUGCUUUUCUAUGGUAUACAUAUUUUGAUAUCAAGUAUCAUUUGGACAAAACACACAAGUAUAUGCUAUUAUCAGAAUCUGUAAGAAAUGAAACUGCUUUCUUCUGGUACUCUGUUGUAGCAUCAAUCAUAACAGUAAUAAUAAUUGUUAUAAUUAUAUUCAUGAGAAAACAAGUGGAUUUCUUGGCUAAAUUAUUCCAAGAAACAUCAAAAUGUUUGAUGCAUUUACCAGCUUUAUUUUUACAACCACUUUUCACAUUCAUUAUGCUUGUGAUAUUCUUCAUGUUCUGGAUAUUUGUUGUGAUAUGUUUAGCAACUGCCUCAUAUCCAGAUAAAUCAAGGGUAACACCAGCUUUGACCAAUUCUAGUGGUUUCCAGGGUGUCAGUAUUAUGAAUUCAAAUUCUCAUGAAAUGAAUAGUGAUUCUUAUGCAGACAAGAUCAAAAUUAGUGUUGUUGAAUAUGUUGAUGCCUCCUGGGUGAAAGGAAUGUGGUGGAUCUACUUCAUUGGCUUGAUCUGGACUUCAGAAUUCAUCAUGGCAUGUCAGCAAAUGGUUAUUGCUGGUUCAGUGGCACACUGGUUUUACAGGCACAAAUAUAAGGAUAAUGACCAUUGGUGUUAUGCAACUGGAAAAUUGAUAAAGUACCAUCUUGGCUCUGUAGCCCUGGGGUCUUUGGUUAUCACAGUUUUCAAGAUACCAAGGCUCAUUCUGAUGUAUCUCCAUGAAAAGUGGAGGCUUGGAAAAGAUAAAGGCAGUGAAUGUGCAACAUGUGGAUUGAGGUGUUGCAUCUGUUGCUUUUACUGUUUGGAGAAAUUCAUAAGAUAUUUGAACCAUAAUGCAUAUACAGUGAUUGCAAUAGAUGGUUCCAAUUUUUGUAAAGCAUCAGGAACAGCUUUCGAAGUUUUGACGUCACAUGCUCUUCAAGUAGCCACAAUUAACAGUUUGGGGGAUUUCAUCUUGUUUUUAGGCAAGUGUUUUGUUACUGCAGUGACAGGGUGUGUUGGAUUAGCGAUCUUUAGGAGGAAUGAAGACUUGAAAUUUUAUGCUGCACCAACUCUUCUUAUCUGCAUUUUUGCGUUCUUUGUUGCUCAUUGCAUUCUGUCUCUAUAUGAGAUGGUGCUUGACACUGUUUAUUUGUGCAUGUGUCAAAAUGGUGAUGCUCCAGAUGGGAUUCAGAUGCAGAAUCUUGGAAUAACUAAAAAUGGAAAUUCACCACCACAGACUGCAGAAUUACAACAUUUAGAGCAGUAGAGGAUUGAUUGAGAUAAUAUUGAGUUUUUAAAAAUCAAUUUUACUAUAUAUUUUUAUGUUCUCAAACAACACACAACAAUUUCAACAUAUUCAAAGUGUUGUUAUAUUUGAAGAGCCAAAACAAUCUUUUUAUUGAU